AUGGCAAAGAGAGACUAUCUGGUGGAGGCAGCCAAGCAGAUCCGCAUGGCACUAGACAGGGAGGUGAAUGAGGACUACGAGGCAGCCUUCAGUUACUACAAGAACGGGGUGGAUUUGCUGCUAAACGGAGUGCAACUGGACCCAAACAAUGACCGCCGAGAGGCCGUGAAAAGGAAGACGACUCAGUAUCUGAAGAGGGCAGAAGAAAUCUUCAUCUCACACCUGCAGGACAACCUAGGGAAGGGAAACUCUCAUUUGGGGGGUUACAGCAGCCUGCGAUUCAGACCAAUCCGACACCUGAGUUCCCCCGUAGAGGAUCUGGAGAUGUGUAAAGUGGUGGGAGUGAUCGAUAAGGUCUUGACUGUUCAAAGUAUGGUCAAUAAGGAGACAUUUGUUGUCAAGAGUCUGCCCAAGUCAAAUUGGGAAAGCAGAGACCAGCCAACCAUCAUCCCUCAGGGGGUGCCGUACAUGGUGAAGCUGCUGAGGUAUUACGUCAGCGAGGAUGCUGUAUACCUGCACCUGGAACACAUUCAAGGUGAGCUGAAACAACUAUUCAGUGCUGCAGGGAUAAUGCUCCAGCAGAUGGCACUUUGCUGGUCAGCGAUCAUUGUUCUUACUGAUGACUUAUCAAGUGAUUUGUCUGUUGUCCCAGGUGGGAGACUCUUCUCCAAGCUGCACAAGCUGAGGAGUGAAAGGGCCAAGGAACACCCAGAAUGCAUCAGUCCAGGACAACGUAUGGUCAAGCUGAAGAGCAGCUACACAUCUCCCACAAUCAGCACCGAUUAUCAGCACCAUGACAGGGGGGACAUCGGCACGAGCCUUCUCCCAGAGAGAGUGAGCGAUGAGAGCCCAGAUACAGACUCCCCCACUUCAUGGGAUGAAACUCAGCAGAGGCUUGAGAGCUUCGGUACCCACACCUACAUCGAGGAGACGGGCUGUCUGCAGAGCACACGAUCCACAGCGUCAUUUUAUGCUCGGCUAGAGCGGACAAACUCAAUUUCGGGUCCGGUGAGGACACAGGUCAGCGCUCAUAUCCAUCCACCAGCCCCGAGUCUGUGUUUGCAUUCUUCUGAAACUCAGGGAAAGCCUGCUCUUCCUUUAUCAUGUGCUCGUGUCAGUCAUGCUAUUAAUGCUAUGUCAGAGCUCCAUAAAAAGACCCCCUGGAUGGGGCUGAUAGAGUGCAGCUCUGAUUUUGAAGUUGCUUGGAGUGCUGCUGAUUCCGCAGCCAACUGUGAACGCAUGAGCUCCUAUGCAGUGUUUGAUGCAAAUUUACAAAGAACUGCUGGGAAAAUUGCACCUCAUACAAAUCAGGCCUUGUUUGAUAAAGCAGGGUCAACAAACACUGAAAAUACUAGUACAAGUUUUGACUCAUGUCAAAGCUCCUCUCCUGCCAUUUUACACCUCCCUCUCCAUUGCCAAACCCAGAUCCAUGGCAGGGUCCCUUGGAUCGCCAACGGGUCUCACCCAGGAUCCGCCAUGAGCACGAAUCUCGGGAACACCAUAGACGUAGGGACAGACUCUCUCCAGCAUUGCAGGGCUGAGGAGCAGGCCACCAGCAGUCCCACGUCAGAGGAAAAAAAGGCCAUGCUAGUCAUCAGGAGCACAGACAGAGCAGUGUUGUCUGAUGACACAGACACACGGACUUCUUCGGAAAACCUCCAAUCUCCAUCUAGCCCUCUCUGUCAUGGCACUCCCCUUUCCAGAGAGCCUGGAGAAGGGGUGGAAGAGGCAUGGGAGCUACUGAGCCCUGGAGGAAAGGAUGCCCCUCUAGGGGGAGGAUCAUUCAGUCAUCUUUCUGACCCCUCUGCACAGAGAAGGAGGGGAGACAUGGAUGCUUUCCUGAGGUCAGAGGUAUCAGCGGGGCAGGGGGAAGACCAGACCAUCGAGGUGGAUGGCUGGUGCCACGUGCCUCAUUUCCCGACCAAGUCUUCCAGGGCCAAAGAGAAGGCCAUGCAGGCAUGCUGGGGGUUGCCUGAGGCAGAGGUCCGUGUCUGGGGAGCACAGAUUCUGCUGGCCCUUGAGAGUUUGCAUCAGCAAGGAAUCCUGUGUCGGGACUUGAACCCCAAAAACAUCUUGCUCACCAACAAUGGAAAGGUGUGUUUGACUUUCUUCGGCCAGUGGAGUGAGGUUCAGUCAGAAAUUGGCUCCAAAGCAAUGGAACAAAUGUACUGCGCUCCAGAAAUUGGAGGUGUGUCCAAGAUUACAGAGGCUUGUGAUUGGUGGAGUCUGGGGGCUUUGCUGUUUGAACUUCUGACAGCAAUGCCCUUGUGGCAGCUCCAUCCUGCAGGAAUACAUUCUCACACCCAGCUGCUCAUUCCCGACCACCUGAGCACUGCAGCUGCAUCCCUGCUCACUGAGUUGCUUCAGUUUGAUGCAGGCUAUCGGUUGGGUUCUGGAGGAGGCGGUGUGAGUGACAUCAAGUGUCAUCCCUUCUUCAGUGGUGUGUCCUGGAAAGCUCUGAGCUGCUAGUGGGUCCAACCGACAGUGGUCCUGGUUGGAUUAAUCUUCCCCAGAGGCCCUCAUGUGGCCAAAAAGGAUGCGAACCAGGUUCCCUGCCUCCUCUGGAUUUUUGCUUCCCAAAGAAGAAACAUGACAGAAAUACUGCUGAAAUUUGAAUGAAACUGAAAUAUUUUCCUUCAGACGUAACAAAUGGAUUUGUUGAAUCCACGUA